AUCUUUUUGACCAAAAGUAAUGUUGCAUCACUUGUGGAGAUACACUUACAAUACUAGCAAAGCCCUUUCUUUGGAAUAGUUGACAAGAUGGGGAUUACAUAAUACCUCAGUUGUUAGAAAUGCCAGUACUCCAGAAUUGUACGAAAUUGCUGCUAUGGAUCCAUUGUCACCAGAUCCUGAAACAAGACCUGGCUCUAUUUCAAGUGCAGGAGCAAUGGUAGCCUAUUCAGGAAGAAGAACAGGGUAAGGGAACUCAAAAUAAUAAUUAUAGUCGAUCUCCCAAAGACAAGAGAAUUGUGUUCGAUGAAUAAACUGAGCAUGAAAUCUGGUGGGGAAGUGUCAAUAUUCCAAUUCCCAAGAAAUCACACAACCUUUUGGAACAAGUUGCCCUUUAAUUUUUGAAUACAAGACCAAGAGUAAAAUUAUUAUACAUGAAUUUUAGUUAUUUGUUGUUGAUGGAUAUGCAGGAUGGGAUCCUCAUAGUAGACUUAGAAUUAGAGUGUUUUGCACAAGAGCAUAUCAUGCUUUAUUUAUGUAAAACAUGCUUAUCAGACCAACAAACGAGGAAUUAAAGAAAGAUUUUAGUGACGAUGUCGAUUUUCAUAUUUUCAAUGCAGGACCAAUGUGUGCUCCAAAAUUGGUGGAAGGAGUUGGUUCAGAAACAUGUGUUUCUGUCAAUCUCACAGAUAAAAAGAUGGUCAUAUUAGGAACUCAAUAUGCAGGAGAAAUGAAAAAGGGAGUAUUCGGAGUUACACACUAUAUGUUCCCUAAAUAAGGAAUCCUUACACUUCAUAGUUCAGCAAAUGAGGGAGUUAAUGGAGAUGUUACCUUACUCUUUGGUUUGAGUGGAACUGGUAAAACCACAUUGAGUGCAGAUCCCAAAAGAAAAUUAAUCGGAGAUGAUGAACAUGCAUGGUCUGAAAAUGGUAUCUUUAACAUUGAAGGUGGUUGCUAUGCUAAAUGUGUAGAUCUAAGCAAAGAAAAGGAGCCAGAAAUUUUUAAUGCUAUCAAGUAAUAAAUGGUAAUCAUUCAAGAUUUGGAUCCGUCUUAGAAAAUAUUGAAUUCAUGUCUAAAGAUUCCAGAGAAGUAGACUAUCAUAACAUUUCCAUUACAGAAAAUACAAGAGUCAGUUAUCCUUUGGAUUUCAUUCCAGGAGCCAAGAAUCCAGCUGUUGGAGGACAUCCUAAGAACAUCUUAUUCCUCACAUGUGAUGCUUAUGGUGUAUUACCACCCGUAUCCUUAUUAACACCAGAAUAAGCUAUGUAUCAUUUCAUUUCAGGAUACACAGCCAAAGUAAUUUGUUAAUAUUCAUACAUCUUUAGGUUGCUGGUACAGAAAUGGGAGUCAAAGAACCAGUUGCUACUUUUUCAGCCUGCUUUGGUGAAGCAUUCUUACCAUUACAUCCAACUCUCUAUGCUACUAUGUUAGCUGAAAAAAUGAAAUAACAUGGUACCAAAUGCUGGUUAGUUAACACCGGUUGGUCUGGUGGCAAAUAUGGUAUUGGCAAAAGAAUGUCUCUUAAAUACACAAGAUCUAUUAUCGAUGCUAUUCAUACUGGAGAAUUGGUUAAUGGAGAAUUUGAAAAAUUUGACAUCUUCAACUUAUAAAUCCCUAAGAGAGCCACAGGUGUUCCUGAUACCAUCCUUCAUCCUAAAAAUACUUGGAUGUAAGUUCUCUCAUUUAUUUAAUAGUAACAAGAGCGAAUUUGAAAGAACCUUAAGAAAUUUAGCUGAUAAAUUCUAAAAGAACUUCUAAAAAUAUGCUGAUAAAGCUACCUCAGAAGUCAUUAAUGCAGGACCAUAAAUCUGAGCAUUAUAAAUAUAAAUCGAAUAUAUAAUAA